AUGGCGCCCUUCAAUCCCUACUUUAUACCUCAUCCCGCAAUGUUGCCACCGCACUCCGUCUACCAUUAUCCCUGCGAGUUCCUCUCCGGUCCUCCGCAAUUCAAGCCGACUGCCAGUUUCACAGAGGAGGAAUGCGCUGCCAUUGUCAAAGUCCUCUCAAAGAUUGCGCAACCAAAGUCGAUACAAGAGAUAAGUAUCGAGGUCUGGAAGGCAGCGAGCAAGAAAGAGAUGCGGUACCUGGAAAAUUAG